AUGCCGCAUCAUGCAGGAACCGAGAUCUAUAACGACUAUCCACCGCCUCUGACACCAGAACAAGAAGGAUAUCUUGUCCAGACUGUUAAAAACUGGGUCGUAGAGCAUGCGCUCACGGUCAGACCCUCCACAGCGAUAGUACCAGAGGAAACAAAUCCGGCCAAUGUCCUUGCCACCAGUGCCCCAGUCACGCUCUUUCCCAGCCCUUUCCCUAAGGCGUGUUUUGAACAGGCAAGGAGUCUCCAGCAAGUCUACAACGAACUUUAUGCUAGCAUAGCUAGUGAUGAGCAGUGGCUCGAACAUAUUAUGAAAGAGCUCAUCGAGGUGGAUGAUUUCCUCGCCAAUCUCUGGAAGAUUCAUCUCUCGGUCAAAGAAGAAGGCUAUGUCCAAGACUUGUCGUUGGGCAUGUUCCGAUCUGACUACAUGCUACAUACGGCGGAGGAUGCGCCGGUAUCACUGCGGCAGGUCGAAUUCAACACAAUAUCUUCAUCCUUUGGAGGUCUUGCUUGCAAGGUAGCAGAAAUGCAUACACAUCUUGCCACGUUUCCCGCAGCAAAGCACCCAAUAGCAUAUCCACCACACCCACUCUUCGCCAACUCAACCGACAAGAGCCCGAUCAAUACAACCGGCCAUCCUCCCAAAAAUGAAGCAGUGUCCACCCUAGUCGCCGGCCUCGCUGCCGCCCACACAGCAUACGGACCCUCGCGCUCGGACCCUCCCCUCCAAACCUGCAUCCUCUUCCUUGUCCAGGACACGGAGCGCAACGUCUUUGACCAGCUCGCCCUCUCUACGCAUCUCUACGACCACCACCACAUCCCCUCUUUCAGACUACCCACGAGCAAGAUCCUUGCCUACACGUCCAUCCCCAGCAAUGACACGAACCCUGCCCGGCCCCUAAUCUACACUCCGCCCUCGUCCCCUUCCACGCCAUAUGAAGUGACUGUAGUCUACUUCCGCGCCCUGUACGCGCCUACAGAAUAUAACACGCCUACGUCUUGGGCGGCGCGCCACCACCUCGAACGCAGCGCUGCAAUCAAAUGCCCGUCCAUUCUCUUGCACCUUGCCGGGUCCAAGAAAGUCCAACAGGUCUUGACUUCUCGGCCUCCAGAUGCAGAUCACUUGAAAGCGUUCCUGCCAAACCACCCAGAAACCGCCCUGGACAGCCUUCGCUCAACGUUCGCCCCACAGUACUCCCUCUCGGCCUCGCAAUAUAGUGCUUCAAGCGAGCCGGAGGGAAUCCGUCUGGCUCUCGACGAGAAGACGGCAGCAAAUCACGUACUGAAGCCCCAGCGUGAGGGAGGGGGCAAUAACAUCUACCGCACACAGAUCCCGCCGUUCUUGAAUUCCAUCCCUCGGGACCAGUGGAAACAGUAUAUCCUGAUGGAGCUAAUCCAUCCACCCGCGGUUGCCAAGAACACUGUCCUGAGAAGUGACGGACAAGUCGUGAGUGGGAAUGUCAUAUCUGAGUUGGGGAUAUUCGGGACGUGCCUCUGGAGGAAUACACCUGGCAGUACCGUGCCGGAGACCUUGCAUAACACGGAGGGUGGGUAUUUGUUGAGGACAAAAGGCAAGGAUAGUGAUGAGGGUGGUGUUGCUGCGGGAUUUAGCUCGUUGGACAGUUUGAUACUCCAUGAGGAGGCUUAG